AUGCCCGUCUCGCCCCAUACCCCGUCAUCCUCCGGCUUCAAAUCCAGCUUUUUGACCAACAUGCUGUCCCCCAGGGGUAUUAUUGGCUCCUGGCGGCCCCCUACUAAAGUGGGGCUUUUAGGCCAGGAGAUUUGCUCUCUGCAGGAGCGGUACUUGGUUAAGCAGGAGAUUGGGAGCGGGUCGUAUGGGAUGAUCCGGGCUGUUCGGGAGAAGGAGACGGGCAAGACGUGGGCGUGCAAGAGCAUUGGGAAGGAGCAGAUUCAGACCAAGGCAGCAGUGGCGGCACUGCGGCAGGAAGUGGCAGUGAUGCAGCUGCUGAAGGGGCACCCGCAUGUGGUGGAGAUCAAAGAGGCUGUGGAAGAUGACACGCCACCGACUGAAGUCCUCGCUACCCGCCUUCUUCGCGUCACCUCGGCCCCCUCCCACUUCGCCCUCCCACACGCACCGCUGGCGACACAGCUCCCCAGCAAGCAACCCGACCUUCCUCUUCCCCUCGCCUUCCCCCCCAUGUCCAUGCCACGCCUCGCCCACCAGCACGUGCAUAUGAUCAUGGACCUCUGCCACGGAGACCAUUCACUUCCCAUCCCUCAAAACCCCCUCUCCCCACAUUGCCCUCAUCCUCCCCCCCUCCCCCGGCACGGCGGGGACCUGUUCGACCGCAUCAAGCAGCGCAGCCGCUACGAGGAGAGGCCUGCAGCGGCCGUGCUGCAGCAGCUGGCGUUGGUGCUGCGCGCGUGCCACUCCCUGGGGGUCAUGCACCGCGAUGUGAAGCCCGAGAACCUGCUGCUCUGCUCGCCCUCCGAUGAUGUUGCUGUCAAAGUUACUGACUUUGGGAUUGCUGCGUCGAUCAAAUCAGGCGCCAAGCUAACAGAGUUCAUAGGAUCACACAUGUACAUGGCACCAGAAGUGAUCAACAAAAGCUACAGUGCCGAGGCGGACAUCUGGUCGGCGGGAGUCGUCCUAUACGUGCUUCUGGCCGGCGUGCCGCCCUUCUGGGCAUCAACAGAAUCUGGAGUGCUGGAUGCAAUCGUAUCCAAGCCUCUCAACUUCUCCUUCCCGCCGUGGCCUUCCAUAUCGACGGAGGCCAAGGACCUCAUAAAAGACAUGCUUAAGAAAGACCCAGUGGAGCGAAUCACACUGGAUGCAGUGCUUGCACUGCUGCUUCUCAAGUACCUCUUUCAUGAGGUUAUCCUCUUUCUCGCAGUCUCCUUUCCUCACACUCUCUUCCGCACACUCUGUUCCUCAUCUCACUCUCCUCUUCCUAACACUCUCUGCUUCUUCACCUUCUCUGCUUGCCUCUCUCUCCUCUUGCUUGGACUCUCCACACUCUCCUCUUCCUCACACUCAACUCUUACUCACACUCACCUCUUCCUCCCAUUCUCCUCGUCCCCACACUCUCCUCUUCCUCACACUCUCCUCUUCCUCAGACUCCCCUAUUCCUCGCACUCUCCUCUUCCUCACACUCCCCUAUUCCUCACUCUCCUCUUCCUCGCACUCUCCUCUUCCUCACACUCUCCUCUUCCUCAGACUCCCCUAUUCCUCGCACUCUUCUCUUCCUCACACUCCCCUAUUCCUCACUCUCCUCUUCCUCGCACUCUCCUAUUCCUCGCACUCUCCUCUUCCUCGCACUCUCCUCUUCCUCACACUCCCCUAUUCCGCACACUCUCCUCUUCCUCACACUCUCCUCUUCCUCACACUCCCCUAUUCCUCACACUCUCCUCUUCCUCGCACUCUCCUCUUCCUCACACUCCCCUAUUCCUCACUCUCCUCUUCCUCGCACUCUCCUCUUCCUCACACUCUCCUCUUCCUCACACUCUCCUCUUCCUCACUCUCAUCUUCCUCACAUUCUCUCCUCUUUUGUGCACUCUCCUCUGCCACGUAUCCUGCAGCCCGUCCUCCCUCUGCUGCAUGAGUCCCGACCUCCCAUGUGUCCCAUUAUGCCUCUCUCUCAUCGCUCCUAUUCACUCGAUUUACAAGACACAUUUCAAGUUUAUCCCCCCUUCCUCUCCCCUCCACACUCUCUCUCUCCUCCCUCCCUCCCGCCCCCUCUACUCCCCCCCUCUUCCUUCACCGAAUUCCUCGGACUCUGUAUAG